AUGGGAGAAAAAGGGACAGAAGAAUUACUUAAAUAUUUACAUUCGUUAGGUUAUAAAGGUAUAGAAGAUGCAAUAGAUAAUGCUGUAAAAGAAGGUCAACUUGAAAUAUUAAAAUAUUUACAUGAAUUAGGGUAUAGAGGACCUGAAGAUUUAAUUGAUAUUGCUGUGAAAGAAGGUCAACUUGAAAUAUUAAAAUAUUUACAUUCGUUAGGUUAUGAAGGUAUAGAAUAUGCAAUAGAUAAAGCUGCAAAAGAAGGUCAACUUGAAGUAGUAAAGUAUUUACAUGAAUUAGGGUAUAAAGGAACAAAAGAUGCAAUUAAUUACGCUGCAGAAAAUGGACAUCUUGAAGUACUUAAAUAUUUACAUGAAUUAGGGUAUAAAGGAACAAAAGAUGCAAUUAAUUACGCUGCAGCAAAUGGUUCUGAAUGGGCAAUUGAUUACGCUGCAGAAAAUGGAAGUUUAAAUGUUCUUGAAUAUUUACAUGAAUUAGGGUAUAAAGGAACAAAAGAUGCAAUUAAUUACGCUGCAGAAAAUGGAAGUUUAAAUGUUCUUGAAUAUUUACAUGAAUUAGGGUAUAAAGGAACAAAAGAUGCAAUUAAUUACGCUGCAGAAAAUGGACAUCUUGAAGUACUUAAAUAUUUACAUGAAUUAGGGUAUAAAGGAACAAAAGAUGCAAUUAAUUACGCUGCAGAAAAUGGACAUCUUGAAGUACUUAAAUAUUUACAUGAAUUAGGGUAUAAAGGAACAAAAGAUGCAAUUAAUUACGCUGCAGAAAAUGGUCACCUUGAAGUAGUAAAGUAUUUACAUUCAAAAGGAUAUAGAUGUUUAAAUUGGGCAAUUAAUAAAGCUGCAGAAAAUGGCCACCUUGAAGUAGUAAAGUAUUUACAUUCAAAAGGAUAUGAAUACUUUCAUGUUGCAAUUGAUUAUGCUUCAAUGAAUGAUCACCUUGAAGUAAUUAAAUAUUUACAUGAAUUAGGGUAUGGAUUCAUUUUAUAA